UUUUAGACGAUUCCGUCAUUUGGUUCAGUAGCAUUGAAGAUAACAACCAAAUAGAAAUUAGUCAUAAACUGAAGGUAUAUGUUAGUUGUUUAAAUGAAUAAGGUUACACCUAUAGUCUACAAAACCUCGACGCUAUAUUUAUUUAUAUCUGCUGUUGAUUCGCGGCUUUGAUUUACAUGAAAACGAAAUGUACUGGUGUUAGACCUCAGUAGAUGCUUGGUCAAUAAAAAUGCCAGAAAUAAGUAAACACAAACGAAAAAACGUAGACCGAAGAAAGAGUGGUUGUGGUGCGUGUUCCUGUUGUUUUUUUCCACGGAAAAAAGUCAAAGAGGGGCAUUUAGAAGCACGGAAUGAAUCCUUGGUAAAAUCUAGUCACCCUGUCAUCUUGGAGAAACCACCACAUAUAGAAGACCUACCUGCACCCCUCAAGGCCGGAUCCUGUAUAAGGUUUAAUGGAUACGUGAGACCUGAAUGCACAAGGUUUGCAGUGAACUUGUUAUGUGGCAAGACUAAAGAAAGUGAUAUAGCAGUCCACAUAAACCCACGUAUAUCUCAAAGACAUGUUGUUCGAAACACUCGAAUCCAGGGUAAAUGGGGAGACGAAGAGACAACCUCCAUAGCCAAAUUCGACCUGCACAGGAAUAAGAAGUUCGCCAUCGACAUUGUCGUUACAGAAUCCGAAUUUCUAGUGUCCAUAAACGGAAAACAUGUUUGCGCCUUUGUUUUCCGUCUGCCCAUCUCGAAAAUCACCACUCUCAUGGUCGAUGGUGAAGUCGACGUGGAGGAUGUCCAAUACACGAAACUCGAGAUUUAUCCGCAUAUUGGGCCGCAGAAUGCGCCUUACGUCGUCCCCACGGGAGAUGGCCAGAACAAGGAUACCGUUCAGCAGUUGAAUAUCAGCAGUUCUGAUUUAGACGCUGGCGAUGAUGACGUUCCAGUGACAGCGACAUUACCAAAGGGAUUUCAGAAAAACUGGCAAUUGGAAAUUUGCGGCCGGGUGAAAAUUCUGCCUUCCGCGUUCUACAUUAAUUUACAGAAAGGAUCGCAGUUGUGGCCCCAUCCCAUCAUACCGCUGCAUUUAAAUCCCAGAUUCAAUACCUUAGCCUUCGUCCGAAACGCCUGGCUUGGCGGUAAGUGGGGUAAAGAAGAAUGUUCUCCUGCGUUCCCCUUCGGUCCAGGUGAGACCUUUAAUGUGGCUAUCCGGAAGAACGACGAUCAUUUCUCCGUUUGGGUUGACGGAAAGUUAGCAGGAGAGUUCAAGUUUAGAGGCCCGGUCGAUCAGAUUGACUCCCUCUACAUCCACGGUGAUGUUGUCGUGAAGACGUUGUACAUGAGGGAACACAUCGAUGAUAAAUACUUCAGCAAGAGUCAAGAAAAUCUCAAACCAAUGCCGUUGUAGCUUCUUCAGAAGAUAGUUUGAUAUGCGGAUAUGAUUCCGAUACGAAGAAAAAGGUUUCUAUUUUCCAAAAAUACUCUUCUGCUUAAAAGUACGCUGCAAUUGUAACAUACAUUGAAGUUCUACGUAGAUAUAAUAAUUAUAAAAGGAAACUUCAACUUUGCCGGUUUCAAAGGAAUAUAUUAAGAGGUUUGUUGAUGUUAAAAUUUUAAACAAAGGUUAAAUUAAUAUCAAGAGGGUCACAUCCACUUCUUUUCUAGUAUAUAUGUGAAAUGUCUCGUUAUUUAUAUCAACCUUAAUUAAUUUAUCCUUAUACUGCCUUCGCAAUGCUUUUUUGAUGUAAAAAUUGUUAAGUGUAAAAUUAACAUGCUAUUCUAUUUCAAAUACUUACAUAUGUUUUACAAUAGUGAAGGAUUUUUGAAAAUUUUUAAAAUUAGUAAAGAUUCGUAUUUUAUUUUAUAUUACCUACAUUUAAAAUAUUCUUACUUAGAUAUUACUUUUUUACCACAAUGUAAUUAUUGUCCUCCGUUUUAUAUUUCAGAUGUCCCCAAAAAUUGUUUUCUUUGGUUUUUAAAUGUUAUUUAUUGUAUUAUUAUUGAACUUGUAUUGUAUAAACAAUUUUUAA